AUGCUUCUACCAUGGCUCCUUCCUGCUGCCGUGGCAGCAUGCAGAGGGAGCUGCCACUCCGUUGCGGCAGACCUGCCGAAGGUCCAGUGGGCCUUGCGCGUUUGGACCUUCUGGCCAGGCGUCGCCGAGCUGGAGAUCCGACCACAGGAUCUAAUGCCAGCCGCAGAGCGGGCUUUGUCAAUGAGGGCAGAGUCCCUUCCGUGCCGGCUUGCGCAGCUUGCAUUGCAGCUUUUCAUUCUUUGCGGCAUGGGCAGGGAGGAGCAGCUUCAAGCCCUGAAGGUGCACGAAGAGGCGGUGCUCACAGAGAUCGAUCUGCUUGUGCAGAGUUGUGGGAUGGCCAACCUCAUCGAGUCCGGCUGGCCUUUCUUCUCCCUGCUGGCAUUGCUGAAGGCAGGAGGAGUCCCUUCGCCCAGCCAGCUCCGCAGUGGAACAGAGCAUCGCCUGCAUAGUAGUACAGCACGGCCCUCUGUUUCUCAGGUGGGGCCACCGCCGCCCGAAAGCGGCGUCCUCUACGCACCUCCAAGUUGGUCACGAAAAGCUUCAGGGAAGCCUUGUCCUCGACUCCGGCCUCGCCCCGUUUCAGGAUUGGCUGAUGGGCUCCGGACGGCGGCCGUUGCUGCCACCAGGGCUGCGGCCUCUGAGGUGCCGACCUUGCGCCGCGGCUACGUGAAGGUUGCGGAGGCGGCUCUGCAGCUUCACCACCUGCGCUCCUGGAGACGGGGAAGCAAAGAGCGCAACCUUCUGACCACAACCUGGCCGGUCUGCGAGUCACUCUCCCUGCUGGAAAUGGGGCUCUUUGCAGUGGAGCCACAAGGGCAAGUCCCAGAAGGACCGGUAAGGCAGGAGUUUUUGUCAAAGUUGUGGAGCCAGCUUGGAGCCGCUCAGUGGGAUCCGGAGCCCAGUGUUCUGGCGACGCUGCCGGGCUCCGUGCUGCCAUCAGAGGCCCUGCUCUUCCACGCACUUGCCGACUUGGAAGGAGUGCAGGUCAUCGUGGAAUCCGGGGUCAGCCAGGGCGGCUCUACAAGGGCAGCCUGCGCUUGGGCUCGCGCCGUUCCCGGGAGGCGGGUCCUGGCCCUGGAGCGCUCUGUGUCGCCUUUCGUCGCUGCGGAGCUGCAGAGCCUCUGUGGAGGCGUUCUCACAUUGAAGGAAGGCGACACCUUCAACAUGCUGGAUUCGGCUUUGGCAGCUGCGGGCAAUGCCACAGCCUUGCUCUUGGAUGGGCCCAAGGGCAGGGUAGCCGUGCGUCUUGCAGAGGACGCGAUGAGACGGUUUCCUGGGCUGCGCGUGGCUGCUGUACAUGAUGUUCCACGCCUCGAUUCACGCUACAGAGACGAGCACGGAAGGCACCUCACCCGCGUGGCGAUGGAAGCUUCGCCGUGUCUGCAGGUUUUCAGCGACGAGCCUUGGUACGUGGCGAACUUUGCACGGCGGAUAGACGUUGGAACAAGCUGGAGCGAUACUUCAAGCACGACAGGCAUCCGGAUGUGCAUGGCUGCCAUGGAUCCCGUUCGGCAAGCCAACCUCAGCGCCUAUGUGGCCAGUGCGCCGAAGACGGGCAGCGCCAGCACCUUCUCGGCGCUCUGGGAGAAGAAGCAGCUCCUGGAGGCCCGGCGCAAGCGGAGCACCAUGAACUUCAUGGAAAGGAUGGAGGUGGACUCCGAACAUCGACAAGCACUCGCACAGGUGACCGAGAUGCGAAGAAACGAGGAUCACCGCAAGGCCCUGGACCGGCUGAUCGAGGGCAUGCGCCCGGAGAAUCAAGUCGGAGGUCCCAAAAUCGUGAAGCACAACGGCAAAGCGCUGCAUCAGGGCCACGAUCGCAAGCUGAACUGGGCGCCCUUGGAGUGCUACUGA